GCCGCUUACGUGCGUGAGGGCUUAAUGAGAUUUCCAUAUGACUAUGUGAACGCAGCUGUCACCCGAUGGCGCUGAAACUCAGGCAAAUUGGGAGAGACCGGGGGGGCAGAGCUCGUCGUAGUGCCGGGUGAGCCGCUGUGAGCCGUCCAGCAGCGGGCUUGUAGCCGGCACCUUGAGACAGCAUUACGAUGUCAGCUAAGCACAACAUGGAAACGCUGGGGGCCCACCCGAAAUACCAAAAGAUUCGGGACCUGAAUAGCGGCACUUUCGGGUUUGUGGAGCUUGCCUUGGAUAAGACCACUGGGCAGCAGGUGGCAGUCAAAUUCAUCGAGCGAGGCGAUAAGGUGACGAAAUAUGUGGAGCGUGAGAUUCUCAACCACAGGUUCUUGAUGCACCCACACAUCGUGCAGUUUAAGGAGGUGUUCCUCACAUCGAGAUACCUGGCCAUCGCAAUGGAAUAUGUGUCAGGUGGGGACAUGUUUGAGUAUGUUGUGCGAAAAGGGGGGCUGAAGGAGAGCGAAGCAAGGUGGUUUUUCCAGCAACUGAUCAUCGGUGUCGACUACUUGCAUCGGAUGGGUGUUGCUAGCCGAGACAUCAAGCUGGAGAACACCUUGCUCGAUGGCAGUCCAAGGCCGCUGCUGAAAAUCUGCGACUUUGGCUACUCAAAGCACGAGAAGUUCCAGUCAGCGCCAGGUUCGAGAGUGGGCACACCCGCAUACUUGGCUCCUGAAGUCAUCAUGACCACAAAGGGCCAAACCUAUGACGGCAAGAUUGCUGACAUAUGGUCAUGUGGAGUCAUGGUCUACGUGAUGCUGGUGGGCGCCUAUCCUUUCGAGCGGCCAGAGGACAAGCACGACAACCAAAAGCUGCAGAAAAUGAUCCAGCGGAUACUGAAGGUGGAGUACGAGUUCCCAGCGCAUGUCAAGGUGUCCAAGGAGUGCCGCGACCUGCUGUCAAAUAUCCUGGUGCCCGAUCCGGCGAGCAGAAUAACCAUCCCCGAGAUCCAGCGGCAUCCCUGGUAUCUCAAGGACCUACCGCCCGGCGUAGCAGAGAUGAAUGACAACCUCCCAGUGCCCACCACUGGCAUGCAGACGGUCGAGGACAUCACCCGCAUCCUGCGGGAGGCGCAGCAGCCGAUGGCCGGGCCGGCCGGCUGGGACAACGACGAAUACAUCGAUGACGCGAUGGACCAGGAGCAGUAUGAGUCUUUUGACGAGUGGGGCAUGGGGUCCAGCAUCUGAUCCGCCCCUCCCGCCAUGGGGGCGCCUCCCGCGCUCCGAGGGGCGCUCCUGCUCUGGCCCAGCUCUAUCUCUUUCUUCCCUGGGCGCCUGUACUGCGCAAGGGUUUUAGACUGUGCAGCGCGUGGCUGUUUAGAUGACCGGUGUGGGGGUUUGGCUGCUGCUGGCAAGUGCGCCUCGAUUGUGCAGCUGAGAAGUGGGCGCGCCAGCGGCCAUGAUGUUGCAUGGUAGCCCCAGCCUGGAUCCAUGUGGAAUUCGCUCUGCUGGGGGGAGUUGGGGGGUGGUCUCUGAUGGGGAAGACAGGCAAUCGUCCAAGGGCGCUCAGCUGCUUCGACAGGCACAGGCAGCUGGUAUAGAAACGACAGGGAGCUGCCAGGGCUUGCUCUUAAUUGACAGACCCGCCGAGAGCGCUGUGCUGAACCCCUUCAGGCUCGCGCGCUGUUGGGCGCCAGGCAACAUGUGGCACAGCAUAGCACAUGGAUUGCUGGCACGGUCUCUCAACGCGGGGCUGAGCAUAUUGGGAGAUGCAAGUCCUUGGAAAGGAUGCAUGGUGAAGCAAAUGACAAUGUGUAAAAUAAGGUUGCUGGUGAGUUAGUGUGAUUGCAGGCACCUACAGUCUCGUGGGCUCUUGUCGCGUGGUCAGUUCUGGACUUGAAUAUGCAUUUCUGUAUCGCUUGCCUGUGUGCAGCUGGUGCAAGCCAGACGAUGCCAUGCCUUUUAUGAAAGGAAGUAGUGUUUUAGUUGCAGCCUUGUUCACAAGGAAGGACAAGCUCUUGCCAACUUUGAGGCUGUGGGGUCCCUUAGAACACUGUGAUCGCAUGCGGCCGGCGCCGGCUUGAAUGUGAUGCACUGAACUGCGGGUGAUUGCGUGCUUGAGCUGCUGUUGUAUGGCAUUUGCCUUGCUGACCUCUUCAUGUAAGGGAAAGGUGUGAUGC